GAGCCAAACUGGGUUGAACCAAACCAGCCAGACCCAACCGGGUGCAGCUGGGCUCACCUGAACCCAUCUGGUCCAGUUCCAGGCCCACCCACAGGUCACAUCCUGACCCCCGGGAGCAGCUCCAGCACUGGGAAAGUACGGGAGGAGAUGGGAGGGAAGGAAGGGUGGGGAUGGAGCUGCAGCAUCAUUGCGUUACGGGGCUGCUGGGAUUACUGGAAGAGCUGGCUGGUGCUACUGGUGCUGCUGGAGCUGCUGAAGUUACCGGAGUUAUUAGAGUUAGUGGAGCUGGUGGGAUUGCUGGAGUUAUUGGGGUUGCUGGGGUUACUGGUGCUGCUGCAGUGGCUGGAAUUAUUGAAAUUGCUGGAGGAUUUGACUUUCUGGUGCUGCUGGCAUUACUGGAGUUACUGAUGUUACUGGUGUCACUGGAAUUACUGGAGAAAUUGGCAUGCUGCCAACAUUGCUGGUGUUGCCAGCAUUGCUGAUGUUGUCAGUCUGACUGGUGUUAGUGGUGGUGGUGGUGUCAGUAGAAUUACUGUGCUGUGGUGUUAUUGGAAUUCCUGACGUUAUUUGUGUUCCCUGUGGUACUGGUGUUGCUGGGCAGGGUUAUUGAUGGUUACUGGAGUUCAUAUACUCUGAAGGGUGGUGUGUGAAGCUACUGGAGUUGGUGGGAACUGGGAUCACUGGGGUGUACCUGGCAGCACUGGGGCCACCCCACAGCCCCAGCUCUCUAUGGGGCCCUUGCAGUCUGGGGGGGGGAGGCAGGGAGGGAAGAAGGGGGGGAGUGACGCCACGGAUGGGAGCUGGGUGCAACCCCACGGUGUCCAAGACCUGUGUGUGUCCCCGUGUCCCCUGAGAGGUCCCUGUGCCUCUGGCAUCCGUCCCCUCCCUGCAGGAUCAUGACCCCGGGGCUGCCGCUGCUGCUGCUGGCGCUGGCACUUCGGAGAGCACAAGGGAAUGCGGGAACAUCCCCCGGUCCUCCCCCUGUCCCGCCGGAGCUCUCCUGUGGGGCAGAGGUGCUGGAGGCAGUGCUGGGACGGCUGCGGGCACUGGAGGGAGAAGUGCGGGCACUGCAAGGACAGUGCGGGGACAGCCUGGGGCCCCAGGCCGGCACCGGGAGCACAGCAGCACGGAGGCUGUGUGACACCCCUGGGGCGGGGGGCUGCUGUGGGUGCCGUAUGGGGGAGGCCGGGGAUGGUCUCCCGUGUCCCGCACCCCGCUGUCCCUUCGACUGCAGUGACCAGGGACGUUGCCGAGCUGGCCGCUGCCACUGCUUUGAGGGCUUCACGGGACCAUUCUGUGCGACCCCCGUCUGCCCCCCUGGCCGUGGUGGGCCCCACUGCACCCUUGAGAUCCCCUCAGUGACACUGCGCCUGGCUGCGCGCAACCAGACGUCCUUCCGUGUGACCUGGCCGCGGCCAGCCAAGCCCGUGGAUGGCUAUGAGGUGGCAGUCAUCCCCAUGGAUGAACCAGCAGCACUGACCACCCACGAGUUGCCUAGCUCUGCUGUCACCUUUGAGGUGACAGGGCUGACACCUGGACAAGCUUUCGAGAUCUUCAUCCAGGCCCAGCGGGAGCAGCACCUCGGGGCGCCGGGCACCUUGCGUGUCCGCACCUUGCUUGCCCAGUCUCUGCCCACCCAUGGGGGGCCACGGGGGACCCCUACAUUUCUGGCAUCUCCAGUGGCCCCAGCAUCACCAUCAGCCCGAGGGUCUCCAGCAUCCCCACGGUCCCCAUUGUCACCGGCAUCACUGGGGUCCUUGGGGUCACCAGCAUCCCUGAGGUCCCCAGUGUCACCGGAGUCCUCAGCAGCACCAACUUCCCUGGAAUCCCCGUGGUCUCUAGAGUCCUCAGUGUCCCCGAGGUCACCUACAUCUCCAUGGUCCCCAGCAUCCCCACAGUCCCCACUAUCCCCAGCAUCCCCUGUGUCCCCAGUGCUCCCGAAUGUCCCAUCCCUGCAUGAGCUGGGGGUCAAGCUAUCUUCCUACAAUGGAUCCUUGCUGCAGCGCCUAGAAAGCCAUCUCCGGGCCACGGAUUUCCCACUCCGAGGCAACCAGACAGUGCCUGCAGUGGCCCGUGCCAUCCUCUCCUACCUGCUUCGCCGCAGCCCGGCCUCACUGCGUCAUCAAUUCCUCCGCCACCUCCAGCAGAACCCCCACCCCAAACCCCAGGUGUUGCCAGGAGCUGCUGGUGAGGCCCUGGUGGAUUUGGAUGGGUUGCGGGGUCAUGCAGAGACCAUAGUGAUCCGCUACCGGCUGCUGGAGGAGCCGGAGGGGGAUGAGGGGGAGAUGAGGGUGCCAGGGGACACCACAGUGGCCCGGGUAUCAGGGCUGGUGCCAGGAGCCACAUACCGGGUGGAGGUGCAUGGUGUGGUGCGGGGACAUGUCUCCAAGUCCUACACUUCCCUGGUGACUGCAGGGCUGGGUGACACCAGUGAGCUUCCACCAGAAUGGGAGAACCUGUAUGAGAUGGAGAGGACUGAGCCCCAAGGGGCCAUGGCCAAAGCAGCAACAUCAGAGGAGGAAUCACCACAGCGGCCCCACCUAGGCAUGCUCACAGUCUCCCAUGUGACUCCUAGCUCCAUCCAGCUGCAAUGGAGUGUCCUUGAGGGCACCUUUGACUCCUUCACAGUGCAGUACAAGGAUGCACAAGGCCAGCCACAGGCACUUGCUGUGGAUGGUGGGUCACGCACGGUGACCGUGCCUGGGCUGUCGCCAUCCCGCCGCUACAAAUUCAACCUGUACGGGGUGUGGGGGCGGAAGCGCAUUGGCUUCAUCUCCACUGAUGCUGUCACAGCUUCAGCAAAACCAAAACAAGAAUCACCAUCACAGCCACGCCUGGGUGAGCUGACGGCAUCCGUCGUCAGCCCCGACUCCGUCCAGCUGGAAUGGAGCGUCCCCGCGGGCUCCUUUGACUCCUUCACGGUGCAGUACAAGGAUGCACAAGGCCAGCCGCAGGUGGUGCCCAUGGACGGUGGGUCACGCUCCGUGACCGUGCCCGGGCUGUCGCCGUCCCGCCGCUACAAGUUCAACCUGUACGGGGUGUGGGGACGGAAACGGCUGGGCCCCAUCUCCACUGAUGCCAUCACAGCUGCAGCUCCAGUACAGGAGGAAGCACCUUCCCCACCACGCCUGGGUGAGCUGACGGCAUCCGUCGUCAGCCCCGACUCCGUCCAGCUGGAAUGGAGCGUCCCCGCGGGCUCCUUUGACUCCUUCACGGUGCAGUACAAGGAUGCACAAGGCCAGCCGCAGGUGGUGCCCGUGGACGGUGGGUCGCGUUCCGUGACCGUGCCCGGGCUGUCGCCGUCCCGC